AUGGCACAUGCGCUAACAUGCAUUGUACAGGCCAACAAGGAGAAGCGCGCUGUCAUCUUCAAGCGUGCCGAGUCCUACGUCAAGGAGUACCGCGAUGCCGAGCGUGAGAAGAUCAGACUCGCCCGCCUGAGCAGGCAGCAAGGCAACUUCUUCGUGGAGGACCAGGCCAAGCUGGUUUUCGUGAUCAGAAUCAAGGGUAUCAACAAGAUUGCCCCCAAGCCUCGCAAGAUCCUCCAGCUUCUCCGACUUCUCCAGAUCAACAACGGCGUCUUCGUCAAAUUGACCAAGGCUACCCAAGAAAUGCUCACUAUCGUGAACCCAUACAUUGCCUACGGCUACCCCAACCUGAAGUCUGUGCGUGAGCUCAUCUACAAGCGUGGAUACGGAAAGAUCGACAAGCAGCGUAUUGCUCUCACCGACAACCAGCUGAUCGAGGACAACCUGGGCAAAUAUGGCAUCGUGUGUGUGGAGGAUCUGAUCCACGAGAUCUUCACGGUCGGACCUAACUUCAAGCAAGCCAACAACUUCCUGUGGCCCUUCAAGCUCUCCAACCCCAACGGUGGUUUCCGCACCCGGAAAUUCAAGCACUACAUCGAGGGUGGUGACAUCGGUAACCGGGAGGAGAACAUCAAUGCUUUGAUCCGACAGAUGAACUAG